ACUCAGCGACAUUCAUUGGGAUUAAAACAAUGAAACUUUUAUUAGUUUUGGCCUUAGUGGCAUACGUCAGUGCUGACGUAUCGCAUUUGUUUGACAGCAGCAAUAACUUGCAAGCCGAUGGCUAUCACUACGAUCCUCCUAAGCCGGCACCACCCAAGCCAGCACCGCCAAAGCCCUCACCACCUAAGCCCACCGUGAAGCCAGCUCCUCCAGCCACUAAGCAGGAUGAUGGUUAUCACUACGAACAACCCUCCCAGCCAUUCCCGCCUGUGGUAAAGCCCGCCCCACCAGCAGCACCCAAGCCCAAGCCAGCUCCACCCAAGCCAGCACCACCAGCACCCAAGAAGGACUAUUUGCCCCCUGUGGUUAAGGCCUCACCUCCCGCAGCCCCCAAGCCCAAGCCAGCUCCACCCAAGCCAGCGCCACCCAAGCCAGCCCCACCAGCACCCAAGAAGGACUAUUUGCCCCCUGUGGUUAAGGCCUCACCUCCCGCAGCCCCCAAGCCCAAGCCAGCUCCUCCCAAGCCAGCCCCACCAAAACCUGCACCCACCAAGCAAGAUGAUGGUUAUCACUACGAUGAACCCUCCAAGCCCUUCCCACCACCACCGGCGCCCAAGAAGGAUUACUUGCCCCCUGUGGUCAAGCCCGCCCCUCCAGCAGCGCCCAAGCCCAAGCCAGCUCCACCCAAGCCAGCACCACCCAAGCCCGCCCCACCAGCACCCAAGAAGGAUUACUUGCCCCCCGUAGUUAAGGCCUCACCUCCAGCAGCGCCCAAGCCCAAACCAGCUCCACCCAAGCCCGCCCCACCCAAGCCAGCCCCACCAGCACCCAAGAAGGAUUACUUGCCCCCUGUGGUUAAGGCCUCACCCCCGGCUGCCCCCAAGCCCAAGCCAGCUCCUCCCAAGCCAGCGCCACCAAAGCCUGCACCCACUAAGCAAGAUGAUGGUUAUCACUACGAUGAACCCUCCAAGCCCUUCCCACCACCACCAGCGCCCAAAAAGGAUUACUUGCCCCCUGUGGUCAAGCCCGCCCCUCCAGCAGCUCCCAAGCCAGCCCCCCCAAAGCCUGCCCCACCAAAGCCCGCUCCCAAACCCGCCCCACCAGCACCCAAGAAGGACUACUUGCCGCCUGUAGUUAAGCCAGCUCCUCCAGCUGCCCCCAAGCCCAAACCCGCCCCUCCCAAGCCCGCUCCACCAAAGCCCGCCCCACCAGCCCCCAAGAAGGACUACUUGCCGCCUGUGCAGGAAGGCUAUUCCUACCCCAACAAUCCCCAGCCAUCCUUCACCUUUUAA